GUUUCCCACGCUCUCUCUCCCCUUGCCCUCGUCUGAUUCUCCAAACCCCGUCUCCACUGCAGGCUGAGCAAGGAUUAGUGUUUUUCUGCCGGUACUACCUUAAGUCUCAUACAUACUACCACAGCUUGGCGCCAUCUUUGGAACAGAACCUUCGUUGUGCUUCUCACCACCUUCCAUUCUCUCCUUUUUCUUGCCUGCCUUGCAUCCCUCAUCAUACGCGCCGUGAUCCAAUUUGUCUCACCGUCCAUUUAGCCUAAUUCGUCAACCCAGGGUGCCUUUCUGCAGAUGUGUAUCCGCAUGAGCUCAUAUCGGCCUUGUUUUGAUUCAUAUAUCUAAGCCCCGCUCAUCCCUCGUCGCACUUCUUCUCAACAUUGUCUCGUCAUAAUUUCUGUGGUUAAGGGAUCAUCCUCCACCCCCUCCCCGACAUCUACCACCGUGACCAUGACGGCCCCUCUCGUCAAAGUCCUGCAUAGGAUGCAGGAGCUCUUUUCCAACAUCGUUGCUGCCCUGGAGGCCAUGCUGUUGUUUCCCUCGCUCUUUCGUGACCCAGCCCGUAAACGGCAAAGGCCUUUCCACAAACCAUACUGGCGUCGCCGGUCCCUGGAUGAACUGGCCGACGAGGUCGAUCAGCUAUUCACCGCGCCUUUGUCCAUGCAGAGUAUGAUGACAAUGUCGGAGAAGAUUCGGGAGCAAUUCAAGUCUUGCUUACAGUCCAGUCCCGUGUGCAUGCUGCCGUCCUACAACCAUGCGCUGCCGUCCGGGAAGGAACAAGGAACCUACCUGGCGCUUGAUGUGGGAGGAUCCACAUUUCGCGUCGCCUUGAUCGAACUACGCGGAGGCGGAGACGUACACAUCCUGAAGGUCUCCUCGUCAUAUAUUGACAACGAAGUGAAGAUGCUAGAGGGAACUCUCUUCUUUGAUUGGAUGGCGGAGAAAAUUGAAUCCAUGCUGGGUGAGGUCGGUGCUAACUAUGGCCGCGAGGCUGUCCCACUGUCCAUGGGUCUGUCGUGGUCGUUCCCCAUCGAACAGACCUCCAACAGCAGCGGGUUAGUGAUCCACAUGGGUAAGGGUUUCAUGUGCUCCAAUGGCACCCUGGGACAGGAGCUGGGGGACCUCAUCGUCCAGUCCUGCCGAAACCGUCACCUCAACGUCCAGGUGGAUGCUAUUGUGAACGACAGCUCCGCAACUCUUCUUUCCCGAGCCUACGUCGACCCCAAGACCCGCAUGUCCUUGAUUCUGGGAACCGGAACCAAUGUUGCGAUCCAUUACCCCGUGCACAAGAUAGGAUUGUCGAAAUUCGGUACCCGGCCACUGGGCUGGUUUGACUAUGCCAAGAACGUCAUCGUCAAUAGCGAAAUGAGCAUGUUCGGCGGUGGCAUUCUACCGAUGACGCGAUGGGAUGAAGUUCUUAACAGUACACACCUCCGGCCUGACUAUCAGCCCUUGGAGUAUAUGAUCACCGGGCGCUACCUCGGGGAAAUUGUUCGUUUGAUUAUGGUGGAGGCCGUUGAGACGGCUCAUUUAUUCGGAGGCGAGCUUCCUCACUCCAUGCGGGACGCCUAUUCGUUCGAUACUAGCAUUGUCGCCGCCCUUGAGGCCGACCCGUCACCGUUGCUCACAUCUUCCGCCGCCCUGCUCCAGAAGGAACAUUCGUUCUCCACUGCCCCGUCAACAAGUGACUUGGAGUUUUUGCGCCGCGUCUGUCAAGUUGUUUCGAAACGAGCAGCGGGGUAUUUGGCUACGGCUAUCCACAGUAUGUGGUGUUUGCGCAACGAGGCCGAGUUCCCCGAAACGACCACCUCAACGACACCCUCGAUCAAGGAGACCCAAGAUGUGACCGUGGUCGAGACCGAGAACAGCCCUCGAAGUUUAUCCAUCGCAUGCGAUGGCAGUGUCAUCAACAAGUAUCCCGGCUUCAGAGACCGCUGCCAAGGGUAUAUCAACCAGCUCACACAGAAGACCAAUGCCUCUCAUGGGUCUCUAGAUGACGCAUCGAACCCUUCGGUGAGUCUAGAACUUGCACCCGAGUGUGCAAUUCUAGGAGCCGCGGUCGCGGUCGCAGUCGCAGUGGCUGAGAAGAAGCCGGAGUGAGAUCAUUUUAUCUGCCGCGAGCGAAUUUUCCUAUGUCUCUUGUUUUUCCUCCAAUUAAGGAUGGCUUCUUUUGCUCUUCACCGAGAGGUUUCUUUAACAAGGCGUUGCGUCUGUUGCAUUUGAACUGGAGUUAAUGUUUUCUAGUCUCCGUUGCCUCUCAUCUCUUGCAUCAUAAUUGAGAUGUUUCUCAAUCACGUUGCUUUUCUUGCGUUUGGAGGUUGCACCGACCUUUGUUUGCUUUUUUCUUGUUCUUUUCUUUUCUUUUUGCUUUGCAUGUUUAAUUUCAUCGGCGCGAUCGAUGCAUUUUGUUGUUGGAUGUGUUGCUACGAACCAGGAGCAACACAUGAUCCUUAGGCGAAUGGAUAGACGGUUCGGUUAAGGUAGCCUGGGAUAGAGAUGCUCGGUGUACAUAAUAAUAAUCACAUGAAGUGCC